GGAGGAGUGUGUGUGUGUGUGUGUUUUGUCGGCAGACAGUCAGUCAGGAGGACCGGACUCCCAGCGGCAGUUUAGGAGAGACUAAGCGGGGAAAACUGCGUCCAUUCUGGGAGAACUCAGAAGGAGGAAUCCGCAAUGAGUUGGGGAACGGAGCUCUGGGACCAGUUUGAUAAUCUGGACAAACACACCCAGUGGGGGAUCGACUUUCUUGAGCGCUACGCAAAGUUUGUCAAGGAAAGGCUGGAAGUAGAGCAAAACUACGCCAAGCAGCUACGGAACCUGGUAAAGAAAUACUGUCCAAAACGCUCUAAAGAUGAGGAACCAAGGUUCACAUCAUGUCUGUCAUUCUACUCCAUACUCAACGAGCUCAACGACUACGCCGGUCAGAGGGAGGUGGUGGCGGAGGAGAUGGCUCAUAAGGUUUAUGGAGAGCUGAUGAGGUACAGCCAAGACCUCAAAACUGAGAGGAAACAUCAUCUACAGGAGGGCAGGAAGGCCCAGCAGUAUUUGGAUCAUUGCUGGAAGCAGAUGGACAACAGCAAAAGGAAGUUUGAGAGAGAGUGCAAGGAAGCAGAGAAAUCCCAGAUUACCUACGACAAGUUAGAUAAUGACAUCAACGCCACCAAAUCAGAGGUGGAGAAGGCCAAAGCCCAGUUCUACCUGCGGACUCACAUGGCGGAUGAGAGUAAGAACGAGUACGCCGCCCAGCUACAGAACUUCAACGCCGAGCAGUGGAAACAUUUCAACAACGCCAUACCACACAUCUUCAAGAAUCUGCAGGACAUGGAUGAACGUCGGACGGUGAAGCUCGGAGAGACGUACCGGAGCUUCGCCGAGGCGGAGCGGAGAGUCAUUCCCAUCGUCUCCAAAUGCUUAGAAGGAAUGGUUUCAGCUGCUAAAGCUGUCGAUGAGCGAAGGGAUUCAUCCAUCGUCGUGGAGUCAUUUAAAUCUGGCUUUGAACCUCCAGGCGACUUCCCCUUCGAGGACUUCAGUCAGAAUCUGAGCAGAACGGGUUCAGACGGGACCAUCAGCAGUACGCCCAAAGGCGAAAGAGACAGAGACGGACCCCCGGGGUCGCGAUCCGACCCCAAACACCAGAUGAGCAAAACCAAGAACAAGCUCUGGCUGUUUGGGAAGAAACCGAAGGCCCCAUCUCUGGAAGAUUUCAGCCACUUGCCCCCCGAGCAGAGGAGGAAGAGGCUGCAGCAGAGGAUCGAUGAACUCAGCAAGGAACUCCAGAAAGAGAUGGAUCAGAGAGACGCUCUGAACAAGAUGAAGGACGUGUAUGAGAAGAAUCCUCAGAUGGGAGACCCCAGCAGCCUGCAGCCCAAAAUAUCAGAGACCAUAUGUAACAUGGAGAAGCUGCGCUCCGAAAUUCACAAAAACGAGACUUGGUUAUCUGAGGUGGAGGGAAAGCAGAGCUCCAGAGGAGACAGAAGACACAGCGCCGACAACCACCAUCACACUCCUCAAGGCAGAGAGAGUCCUGAGGGCAGUUAUACAGACGACACCAGUCAGGAACAUCACACACCUCAUCACCGCACCAGUCCUCCACAGCCCGGGCACCCGAACCCCGACCCCCACGAGUUUGAUGACGAAUUCGACGACGACGACCCGCUGCCCGUCAUCGGACACUGCAAAGCUCUGUACUCCUUCGAUGGUCAGAACGAGGGGACGCUGGUGAUGGCAGAAGACGAGGUGUUGUACAUCAUCGAGGAGGAUAAAGGCGACGGCUGGACGAGGGCGAGGAAGCAGAGCGGGGAGGAGGGCUACGUCCCCACCUCCUACGUAGAAAUCACCAUGGAGAAAAACAGCAAAGGUGCUGUCACUUACAUCUGAAGCUACACUGUCCUCUGUCCUCUCAACCAUCCCUCUGUCCGUCUCUCCAUUACCCCGCUUUCUGCUCCUCGAGAUAACACCGCAAAGGAAAAAGACAGCAUCCGUACACCCGCAUGGACAUUCAUCUGUUUCCCUCUUCUGGUUCUCAUCCCAUCGCUCUCUCUCUCUCUCUCUCUCUUUGUCCUGCUGUCUGUUUAUUCCUCUAACCCUGUAAUCAUUCAUCCUCUCAUAUCUGUGGAACUGAUGUGUCAGAGGUGAGUGAAUGAGCACAAAAACAAAUAGGAUGAGCCUAUUUGAUGGUGUUUGAGUGAUUUGUAUAUUGUAAAUGAAGCAUUUCCAUGUGUGUGUGUGUGUGUGUGUGUGUGAAAGAUGCUGUUUUGAGCCCCACGUCAAGACUACACCACUUCUUAUCGAACAAAGUGUUUAUAUAAUAUAUUAGAAACAAUUUAUUUUUGUUUUUAUCCAUUCCUUUAAUUAUUUGUGAUGUUUCUUUCAUUCUUUUUUUUUUUUUUAAACGUGAGAUGUUUAAACUCCCUGAUUUUAAAGAUCACUGGAUUUAUGUGUCGACACAAUUUGAAGUGUAAGACAUCUUUUGAUUUCAUUUGUUUUUAUUUCUGUGUGAUUGCUGUGCACGCGUCGUGUGUGUGUGUGUGUGUACGUUUGUACAUGCACAUCUUUGUUUCUUUGUGUUAUCUGUGCCAUCACACCAGAGUUUUGUCUCUUAUUCUGUUAAAAAGGAUUGGUAUAAAAAUCCCUCAAUGCAGAAACAAAAUCGUUUUCACAUUUGACGUUGUUACAGGAGUUUUUAAAGUUGUUCAAGUAUUGUUUCAUCCUGUUGGUUUGCUGUCAGACCAAAAGAUCAAAACCAACAAUGUGUUAGUCCAUUUCCCUACUCUGUCAGCCUCAAGCCCAUUGGUUCCUACU